UUGUGGUCAAAUGUUUAAAAUUAUCUGUCACUCCACAAGGGAGCAUUAAAUAUCAUCAGAAAAGUUAAAGCGAGCUCUCUGCAAAUUUUCUCAAAUGGGUGCCAGCAACAGCAUGCCACAGACUGUGCAGAUGGCUAAUCCGAUGCCAUUCGAGAUCACUAGGGAUGUGGUGAAUAGGAUCGAUCAGGCCACCACGAAAACUACAAAAUUGGGGACUAGGAUCUGCGAGAAAUGUAGUCAGAAGACCCAAGCGGAAUUACGUUCCGAUAUUCCGACUACCAUGAAGCACAAGCCGCAUGAAGUGCAGGAUAUGCAUCCGGUACAAGUGGCCAAGUCCUGGAAAAAGCGCUCGUAUGAGGUUGAGGAAUCUGAGUUCAGAAAGUCCUUACAGCGGGUUCAAAAUCUCUUUGGAAAGCCUGUUAGGUGGGCCAAGGACUGUGAGGCCGAGAUCGGGAAGUUCGAGGAGGAACUGAUUCACUGCUAUCAACGGUAUUCCAACGAACCUCUGCAGUGCUCCAAUUUAGCCAGACAGUAUCACCGAUUCGUGUUCGCCAGGCAGAUCGGUGAAAUCUCCAAUACGAAGGCAGGUCGCGAUGGCUCCGGUGAUCCCAAGUCCCCCAGACAUACUGGGAAAGCUGGCAAGCACAGUACCCCUACUUAAAGUUUCGUUCUGUGCUGCUAGAUGUGAUCACAGAGUCUUCAGUCAAUAAUCUCCAAUUAAUUUCCAUUUUAAUUCAUUGGCUAAGGAAACACUAGACUGGUGUUUUUCAUUAAAUCUAUUCGACGGAAUUUUUAAUAGAAAAUAUAUUUGUAUUUACCCACCA